AAUCCAUUAAGCACUGAUUCCAAACUGUCAGUAAAAAUGGUAUCCCAAGGACUCCAGAUCCUGGGUGUUAUGCUGUCUAUGACUGGAUGGCUGGGGACAAUCAUCACCUGCGCUCUGCCAAUGUGGAGGGUGACGGCUUUCAUUGGAGCAAACAUUGUCACAGCGCAAGUCAUCUGGGAGGGUUUAUGGAUGAACUGUGUGGUUCAGAGCACUGGACAAAUGCAGUGUAAGGUCUACGACUCCCUGCUGGCCCUUCCUCAAGACCUUCAAGCAGCCAGAGCCAUGGUCAUCAUCUCCAUCAUAGUGGGCAUUUUUGGUGUGCUAAUGGCUGUGAUUGGAGGAAAGUGCACCAACUGCAUGGAGGAUGAAUCAGCAAAAGCUAAAGCCUGUAUUGUCUCUGGGGUGAUCUUUCUCGUUGCUGCUUUCCUCAUCCUCAUUCCUGUCAGCUGGUCUGCCCAGACCCUCAUCAGGGACUUCUACAACCCCCUUGUGUUAGAAGCCCAGCGUCGAGAGUUAGGAGCUUCUCUGUAUAUUGGUCUGCAGGUUUUAGGGUUGACUCUGGCUCUCCUCGGUUUGCUCGGUGAUAUCGUUAUCUGCGCUCUGCCUAUGUGGAAAGUGACGGCCUUCAUCGGGCAGAACAUCGUGACCGCGCAGACCUUCUGGGAGGGCCUGUGGAUGAACUGUGUGAUGCAGAGCACAGGACAAAUGCAAUGCAAGGUUUAUGACUCCAUGCUGGCUCUACCCACGGACCUGCAGGCCGCGCGCGCGCUCGUCGUCAUCUCCAUCCUCCUGACACUGUUCGGGCUGCUGCUUGCGGUCGCUGGGGGAAAGUGCACGAACUGCAUCGAGGACGAACCGACCAAGGCGCGGGUGUCUGUGGCUGCCGGCGUGUUCUUCCUGGCUAGUGGCGUUCUGUGCUUGAUUCCUGUGUGCUGGUCUGCUCAUACGGUCAUCAUGGACUUCUAUAACCCUAUGCUGGCGGACGCACAGAAGCGCGAGCUCGGCGCGUCCCUGUUCAUCGGCUGGGGCGCUGCUGCUUUGCUGCUGCUCGGAGGCGCGCUCUUCUGCUGCCAGUGUCCCAAGAAUGAAUACCGAGGUUAUUCAGCCAAAUACACUGCGCCAAGGCCAAAUGCUCCUAGUGCUGGCGGCAACUAUGUGUAAAGAAGCUUUACUGUGGCUGGACUGUUAAUGUGUCUUAAGUAACUAAUUAUUUUUUUUUUUAAACAAUUUUACUUUAAUUAAAGCUAAUGGUUUUUAUGCA